UUUUUUCCUUUUCUUUGUUCAUGGCUAGUUGUAGAUGUAACUUUCGAAAACUGCCUGGUUACUUGUCUCGACGAAGACUCUGUAAAGAAGAAGGAUGGUGCUCCGAUAUUAGAAACAACUUGAAACCUCGAUUUUUUCACUGUAAACCACUCGCUUUUGCUGGAGCUCUAGGAAAUGCAGGUAACUUGGACUCAACUUUCAGCGUCCCGUUGAACGAACCUGGUGAAAGUGAAGCAGGAAGUCAUACAAAGUGGACUAGUACCGAUGAAGGAAAGCAAGAAAGAGAGCAGCAUCCCAAAAAGGCAAAUUUCGAAAGGAAAGUAUUUGUAAGCAUUAGAAAGCUAUUGUAUAGAGACGAUUGGUUUCAGCAACGUGAAAUUCUCAAAGAAAGAUACCCUCAAUACAAACAGAUGCUCCCAUUGGUUUGCAUAGUUACUCCUGAAAAUAUAUCGGAGGAAUCCUUGCAUCCACCGUCUCUUGAUCGUAGUCAAUUCAAUUCUAUCAUAUUAGAAGCUUUGAAUGAAGAGUCCCGUUUCAACUGGAUGGUGGACAAAUUGAGUUCUGAUGAGCUUAUUCAAUUGGUUGAUCAACACACCAUGCUUCAGGUUAGUCAAUCUUUGCGCAGGAAGCAAAGAUAUCGGGAUUGUUUGUUGCUAUGGGAAAGAUGGGAAAAAUUAGUUCAAGUCAGAGAAUGGUCAGAAUGUAAGGAUGUCAGAAAAGUUCUGUACGAACUUAUUCUAUGCUAUAGUGGUAUGGGAAUCGAGCCUCAGGUGGAUUAUAUUUCGAAUAUUUUAUUUUCUACGGAGAAUGAUCUCGAUAGUGAGACAGCUUCCGUCUUGUUUGAUAUUUACACAAAUGAGACUCAUACUCAUUUGGUAAAUGUUAUCAAAGCAAUGCAACUUUUAUUGAAAUGUCCAACAGGAAAACAAACGUCGGAUGUGACUUGGCUUCAGUUAGCCAAAGCAAUGAUUAGUGAGAACCCUUUGGAUCAUGGCAAAUGGGCCUUGCUUUUUAUCAACCACUUAGACAAGGAGCUUCAAGUGAAUUUUUUUAAUCAUUAUCUUCGCAGAUUAUCACAUGUAGGUCGACAUGAUGUUAGUUUAGAUGCUCUACAAGAAAUGAAGAAUCGAGAUCUGCGACCUGAUGAAUAUACUGUUGCUGCAAUUAUGCGUGCUUUUACGAAUAGUAAUCAUUACCAGGAAGCUUGUGGGACAUUUGAGAGUAUGCAGAGAGAGUUUCAUGUCAAAUACGGUGAUUUUGCACUGUCUGAACUGUUAGUAGCUGUUUCUAGAGAUGGACAAUUGAACUCCAUUUUAGGCGUAUUGGAUAGUUUGCUUCAACUAGGUCACAGACCAAGCGAUGCCGCAAUAAGAUCUAUUGUUUUUGAGAUUGCAAACAGUGCUGGUAUUGAUGAAGCACUUGCAUCGGUGAAAUUCAUUGCCAGAAGGAAUGUUCCUAUCUCAUCGAAAGUUUUAGACCAACUUUUACUAGUUGCUAAAAACAGUGGAGAAUGGAAGUAUGCAAAACUCGUCUUUUGGCUUUAUUCCAAAUACGGAAAACUUCCAAAUUACUACACUUUUGAGUUGUUGAUGCGUACGCUCACUAGACAUUCAAGAGGUGAGCGUAUGAUCAAUCGCGUGCAACCAAGUCAUCCAUUGCUUUCUUCAGACAAUAGUGAGGCAGCUAAAAUCCUUGCCGACCUACCAGAAAUGUAUAACUGGAUGUUUAGAGCCGGAGUAUUUCCUACGGCAUGGAUUGUUAGAGAAAUGAUAAGAGCUGCAGCAAGUGGUGGUCACCCAAAUGUUGCCAAUGAAAUCUUGUUUUAUGCUGCGAAUGUCCUUCGAAUCAACCCUACCGAAGACAGUUUUGAAUUUUUGGUAAAUGCUUAUGCCAAAGUAAAUGAUAUUAAUGGUGUGAGUAAGUCGAUACGGUUAAUGAAGGAGAAGCUCGGCAAACCAUCAUUGAGAGCACUGAAUAUUUGGAUGCGGAGUUGCUUGCGAGUCAAUGACGUUGCGCUAUGCCAACAGAUCUUCGAAGAGAUUUUACUCUACGGUUAUGAGCCAAAUGAACAUACUUUUGCUUGUCUUAUUGCAGCUGCCGGAGUGGAAGGUAACUUGCAACGAGGAUAUGAAUUGUUAAGGAAGAUGAUUGAGAACGGACUUUAUCCAAAUAGCUCAGUAUAUGUCAUGCUUUUAAAAGCGAUUGAAAAUUGUCAAGACUCAGUCCCAUAUGAUUUUUUAGAAUUUCUUUUUCGAGGCUUGGAAAGAGGAGACUGGCAACCAGAUGGCUAUCUAUUGGCAAGGUUGAUCAGAACUGGAUAUCAUCAGCAGCAGUUUUCUACAUUGGAACGAAUCUAUCGUCUUUUAGAAAAGAAUAGAGCCAACAUUGCUUUGAGUCAAUUGCAAUUGCCAUUAUAUGAACUAGUAAAAGGAGCGCUUUCUUUAGGUUGCAGUUCUUGGGCAUUUGAUUGGAUUGUGAAGUUUGCAUUGCAUUUAAAUGUUCGACCUACCAGUGCUUUGCGAUAUGCUGCAAUUUAUGAGUGGUUGCGACUGGGUGUAAUAGAUGUAGCGAGAGAAGCUGUUGUAUGUGCAACUGCAGAAGGUUGGAAAGAGGACAACAGUAGAAUAGAAAAUAUUUGGUCACAAGUAUGGAAGGAGAUGGGAAACGAGGCUACAACAACAUUGUCAAAAAGUCGGAAUGGCAAAGGCAGGAAUGAACUAUAUCCUCAUUUCUUGCAACGUGUGCGUCAAUCUGUUCAGGAAAAUUUGAAUAGUAUGUGGCAAAAUGCACAAAGUGGACAUGUGGAUUCAUUUUGGAGGCAUCUUAGUAAAAGCAAAGAGAAUCCUCAUCCUUUGCAGUUUUUCUCGUACAGCCUACACAAGUUACCUAGUAUUGAUGAACGUUUGUCAUCGAGUUGCUUGGAUGAGGAACCCAUUGUUCUUGGUGCGAAUCCAGUUAGUCUUCCCGACAACUCUAUAUCGAAAUAUUCCAAGAGUGUAUAUAAAGGCCUUGCUGACCCACUUAUUGUUGUUGCAGAUGCUGGUCAAGCAAUGCAAGUUUCUCGAAUGAGCCACAUCGAAUUUCCUAUGAAUAAUAGUUCGCAACCAUUUUUAAUUCCUGGUGCAGGGUCUUUUGCUGCUUGGAGUAUUUAUAUAGAAACUUGCUUAUUAGGACCCGUGUGGCUUCGACCUCUCACUGGUUAUUUGAACACAGAUGAUUAUGUAAUGCGAAGAUACGAGUCCGUUUUGAGUGUAUAUAGUUUGGAAGCGUUCUAGACAAGUUUUGGAUCGUCUAUCUUAUCU